AUGGAGAGCCCGCCGCCGCACCUCCCGGCCCCGCGGGCGGUCCUGACGGCGCUCCUCAACACAUUAGCCGUGCAACGGCCGCCCAGCCCGGAAGUGCCUCCACCAGCCGCCGGAAGAGACGUCGCAAGGCCCGGCGGAAAAACUAACACGCACCACCACCAGCCGUCCCCGGCUUCAAACCCCCUCGCGCGCCUCCCGCCGCAGGCCCGCCCCCUCCUCACCACCCUGCACGUCCUCUACCCGGCCCUGCUCCUGCCGGCCCUGGACCUGCUGGACCGCGGGCUCGUGACGCGGGUCCUCGUGGACGACGACGAGGCCGUCGUCGCCGCCCCGCCCGCAUCGUCACCUCCCUUCCCUCGGCCGCCGGCGGCCUGUGGCGCCAGCGAAGAGGGCGAGGAUGUCGACCAGCAGGAGGAGGCGGACCAGGCGCGCCGGGACGCGGCGGCCGGUACCUUCCACCUGGUGCGCUCGGCGCAGGCGGGCUCGCGACGCGGCCGGCGAGAGGCAGCGGGCGCGACGGCCGGGGGCUCGACCUACGUCGUCCGCACGGCGGCGUGGAACUGCGACUGCGCCGCCUUUGCAUACAGGGCCUUCCCACCGCCCUCGCACUCUUCUACUUCUACUACUGCUGCUACUAUGUCCGCCACCAGGACCGCGGGCGCGUACCGCAUAGGCCCGGCAAAGACGUGGGGCUAUGACGACGAGACCGGCGGCAUGGCGACGGGGCCGGGGCAGAAGUGGGAGUUUGGCGGCCUGAGCUUGGACGACGACGGCGACGGCGGCGGGACGGGCUCGCCGCCCUGCUGCAAGCACCUCCUGGCCUGCGUGCUCGCCGAGCGCUGGGGCAGCGUCCUGGGCGGCUACGUGGGCGAGCGGCGGGUUGGCAGGGUCGAGGCGGCUGGGUUGAUUGGGGGUCUGUGA